AUGACUAAGCGCACGAAGAAGGUGGGGAUCGUGGGUAAAUAUGGGACACAUUACAGCGCUCAUAUUGAGAUUAAAAUUGAGAUCAGCCAGCAUGCCAAGUAUAUAGGCUCCUUCUGCGGCAAGACCAAGAUGAAGAGACGGGCUGUGGACAUUUGGCACUGCGGUUCCUGUAUGAAAACCAUCACAGGUGACACUUGGACCUACAAUACCACUUCUACUGUCACAGUUAAGACUGCCAUCAGAAGACUGAAGGAAUUGAAAGACCAGUAG